AUCAGGACCCCUUCCCUCUUUCCAACAAGCUCUUCUCUCUCCGACCCACUCCGCUUCGGACUCCAGGACCCAUCCCUGACAGAUCCAAAGUGUAUGACUCUGCAAUCAAAAGUGUUGCCCAUUUUUGCUCUCCAUCAGACAGAACAAAAGUGACACAAAGAUGCCAAUUCUAGAAGAAGUCAAGGAGAAGAAAGAGAAAGAUGUCCACAGCCAAGAUGAGAUAGUACUUCCCAAACUUCCAGUCCCACCAUUGCAACAGACCUUGCACAUGUACCUUCAGUGCAUGAAACAUUUGGUGCCAGAAGAACAAUAUAAGACGACAAAGGUCAUAGUAGAACGGUUUGGAGCAGCAGGAGGCCCAGGAGAAGUCCUUCAGCAAAAGCUUCUAGAAAGACGGGAGAAAAUGAACAACUGGGUUUUAGACUACUGGCUAGAAGACAUGUACCUCAACAACCGAUCGGCUCUUCCGGUCAAUUCCAGCCCAGCAAUUAUCUUUGCUCGCCAACAAUUCCAAGAUGCCAAUGAUCAACUAAGGUUUGCGGCAAAUCUCAUUUCCGGAGUUCUUGACUAUAAAGCUCUGCUGGACACCCAUGCUAUACCUGUUGAUUUUGCUCGUGGACAGCUGUCUGGUCAUCCUCUCUGUAUGAAGCAAUACUAUGGACUCUUUUCUUCCUAUCGUCUUCCAGGACAUACCAAAGAUACCCUCGUGGCCCAGAAAAGCAAUAUCAUGCCUGAACCAGAACAUAUUAUUGUUGCAUGUAAUAAUCAGUUUUUUGUUUUGGAUGUUGUCAUUAAUUUCCGCCGUCUCAGCGAGGGGGAUCUGUUUACCCAGUUGCGGAAAAUAGUCAAAAUGUCAGAGAAUGAAGAGGAGCGACUGCCUCCAAUUGGUCUCUUGACAUCUGAUGGAAGGACAGAGUGGGCGGAAGCCAGGGCAAUCCUUGUGGAAGAUUCUACAAACCGAGAUUCACUUGACAUGAUUGAACGAAGCUUAUGCUUAGUUUGUCUUGAUGGCCCAAGUGGUGAGGAACUCAAUGAUACCAACAUGGCUUUGCAACUUCUACAUGGAGGAGGUUACAAUAAAAAUGGUGCCAAUCGUUGGUACGAUAAGCCCAUGCAGUUUGUUGUGGGAAGAGACGGAGUCUGUGGGACAGUGUGCGAACAUUCCCCUUUUGAAGGGAUCGUCCUGGUGCAGUGCAUUGAACACCUGCUCAAACACAUGAAAGAAGGGGCAAAGAAACUGGUGAGAGCUGAUUCAGUGAGUGAACUUCCUGCUCCAAGGAGACUAAGGUGGAAAUGCUCUCCGGAAAUUCAGGGACUCUUGGCAUCAUCAGCAGAAAAACUUCAAAGGUUGGUUAAGAAUCUAGACUUCAUGGUUUAUAAAUUUGAAAACUAUGGGAAAGAAUUCAUCAAGAAACAGAAGAUGAGCCCAGAUGCAUACAUCCAAGUGGCACUCCAGCUGGCAUUUUAUAGAUUGCAUGGGAGACUUGUUCCUACCUAUGAAAGUGCAUCCAUACGCCGGUUUGAAGAGGGAAGAGUAGACAACAUUCGGUCUGCAACUCCAGAAGCAUUAGCUUUUGCCAAAGGGAUGAUAGAUAAAAAACCAUCCCUACAGGACUCUGAGAAAAUGCAGAGAUUUAAGGAUGCUAUCACAGCUCAGACCAAUUACACUAUUUUGGCUAUUACAGGAAUGGCGAUAGACAAUCACUUGCUGGGGCUGCGAGAGAAGGCCCGGGAACACUUUCAGGAACUGCCAGACAUAUUUACUGAUGAAACGUAUUUGACAAGCAAUCGAUUUAUUCUCUCCACCAGCCAGGUUCCAACCACCAUGGAAAUGUUCUGCUGCUAUGGCCCUGUGAUCCCUAAUGGUUAUGGGGCUUGCUACAACCCACAGCCAGAGCAUAUCUUGUUCUGCAUUUCAAGCUUUAAAGACUGUCAAGAGACUUCCUCCAGCAAAUUUGCAAAAGCCAUGAGAGAAAGCCUCAUGGAUAUGAAGGAGCUGUGCAACAAAUGCAACACAACUCCAGCCAGCAGCCCAGCUAAACAAGAAGCAUCCUCAACAUCUCAGCCGGGCCGUAAGCACUAAUUUUGUGCCCACUCAACCCUUUCCUUUUUGCCACUCUGCAGAUACUUCUUUGGGUAGAAUAAUGCUGCUCUCCAAGAGCAAGCUAUUAAACAGAACCACCUUCAGCCUUCUCUAUUCUGCACAUGUGCUAGGCUUCUGUCCACAUAAUCCUCAACCAGGGGAUGAUGGAAGUGACAUUCCAGCACAUUUGGAGGAUGCCAAUUUAGGGAAAGCUGACCUGUUUAUUACAAGGUGGAGACUCCCAUUUCUCUUUGGCUCAGAUUCCUGCCAGUACAGUACUUACCAAGAUGAUGGCUUAAAUUACUUAAAGAGGCAAUGUUUCAGUUCAGCACAAAAUUAAUGUGUUAAUUAUUGAUCUCAGAAAUGGAGCCAUGUACAAUUCAUUUUAAUGUGUGUUUAGAAAUAUCCAGUUAGCAAGAAGUCAUAUUUUAUGAACGGUUGUGGCUAAAGUGCACUAUACUUGCCAAAGCACGCUCCCAUUGCCUGGAAGCCAAAUGUGCCUUGGCGGCAAUUCCAGGCAGACCUCUAGCAUGAGCCUUCUCUUCCUUCCUGCCCCCCAACAUAGGGACACACAUCUACCCUUCAUGUAUAAAGCAAGAUUGGGAGCAGGCAGGCUUCUGCAUCCCCUUUCCAAAAUCAGUAGCAUGGAAAUGAAAUCUGUGGCUGCUUCCAAGAUGGUUGAUAAGACAGAUCAGUGAGAUGCUGUGGGGUGGGGGGCAAAGCAUUUUCUGCCCAAAUCAGUGGCAUUUGCAGAGUCUCUCAGGGAGUGGCCAUAGCUCAGAUGUAAAGUAUGUGUUUUACAAAGAAACCCUGUUCCACUUUCAGUCUUCAGUGGUCCUUCCACCAUACCCUCCAACUGAACUAUUUGGGUGAGACAGUCCCAAUUAAUCCUCUGUCAUCCUGCUUUUUCACAACUU